AUGAUCAUGAGAUGCUAUACGAGAAAGGGUGGGUCAAAAUUCGGAGCAAGUCCCAUCCCAGCUCUGCACUUUCCCCCCGUCGCAGAAAAUCUCUGUUCUGUGGUUUGCAAUUGGAGACAGAUAAGUUCCCUUCUGGAGCAUGGCGAUGACAAUACACGCCUUGCUGGGUUGGCUUUUAUGUUUUCAGCUAGCAUUUUGCUUCAGAUUCUGGCAUGCGCAAUAUACAACAAUUGGUGGCCCAUGUUAUCAGCUCUGAUGUAUGUGCUGGUACCUAUGCCUUGCUUAUUCUUCGGAGGUGGAUCCACUCAAUUUCUAAUGAGCCGUGAUGGUGGGGGUUGGAUAGAUGCUGCAAAAUUUUUGACUGGAGCAUCAGCCGUUGGGAGCAUAGCCAUUCCUAUAAUCCUCAAGCACGCUCAUAUGAUUGAGACAGGCGCAAUGCUCAUCGAGCUUGUAUCGUUUUUCAUAUUUAUAUGUACUGUUUUAUGUUUCCACCAAGCCAACCUUGAUGAUGAUUGGUAA